AUUUCAUUGUCCCUGUAUUCUUCUCUUCUGCUCUUCAAUCUCUCUCUUUUCAGUCUCCCUCAGCUUCUUCUUCUCCAAAAGAACAGCUUUUUUUUUUCUCUGAGAACCAAUCACAGCCGUUGAUCAUAUCACCGGUGUAGAUGUGUGUGUACAUAUAGAUUACACAUAUAUACACACAUUUAUUCAUGGAUUUAUCAAAACCCCUUUGAAAGUUUGCAUCUUUUUUGUUUGUGAAGCUGGUUUCUAGGCGCUUGUCUAGUCGUGCUUCUUCUUCAGUCACCAUUCUCCAGUAAAUGGGCUGCUUUAAUUCUAAGGUGAAAAAGCAGUUCCGUGGACACGAAGAUCCUAUUGCCCUUGCAUCCCAAACAGCGUUUAGUGUUAGUGAAGUUGAAGCAUUGUUUGAGCUGUUCAAGAGUAUCAGUAGUUCGGUAAUUGAUGAUGGGCUAAUAAGCAAGGAAGAAUUUCAGUUGGCUUUAUUCAAGAACAGAAAGAAAGAAAACCUUUUUGCCAAUCGGAUUUUUGAUCUCUUUGAUGUGAAGCAAAAAGGGGUCAUUGAUUUUGGUGAUUUCGUGAAGGGACUUCAUGUCUUCCACCCAAAUGCACCACAAGAAGAGAAAGUCAAUUUUUCGUUUAAGCUUUAUGAUCUAGAUGGCACAGGGUUCAUUGAGAGGCAAGAGGUUAAACAAAUGUUGAUUGCACUUUUAUGCGAGUCUGAGAUGAAGUUGGCUGAUGAGACCAUAGAGAGUAUACUGGAUAAGACUUUUGUGGAAGCAGACUCAAAUCAGGAUGGAAAGAUUGACAAAUCCGAAUGGCAGAUUUUUGUGAGCCAAAAUCCUUCACUACUAAAGAUAAUGACACUUCCCUAUCUAAGGGAUAUUACAACUACUUUUCCUAGUUUCGUCUUCCAUUCUGAAGUUGAUGAAGUUGCUACAUAACACUAGGAAAAUGUAGUUCAUUUUUUGUUUUUCUAGCUAAUUCGACGUGUGAAGUGUUGUUCGAUUUUUGGUCUUAUUUUAGAGUUCAGGAAGUUGAGCUGAUGAUAAUCCUAAAAAGUGUAUAUCACGUCGUGUAAAGAGGGUUCCACCUUCCUAUUGCAGAGUGAUUUUAUUAGAUCUAGUUAUUGUGUACUUUUAUCAAUCAAUCUUCUCCCUUUACAUGCUAUAAUUGUAAUGCAUAUGUUAAAGGUUGCAUUUUAAAAUACAAUCGAUAAAAUUGGAACGA